CGUGGUAACUUCUAAAGUGCUUCAAAAGAUGAAGGUCUGACUACAUUCCCAGGUUUUUCCCAACUUUUCUUCUGAUUAGGGGGAAUAAUCAUAGAUGUCAAAAAAUUGCAGUGGGCCGAGAGGUGAUAUAUUAGGUUCAUGAAUAUGGAUCAAAAGGCCACAGCUACACUACUAGAACUUGCUGCAAAGAGUCUCCUGACUAAUGAGCCUGCGGCUAUCAAUGCCUUGGAAGAGCUUCCAAGGGACAUCUUUGUUACACUGUUCAAUGUUGCUUUCUUGGGUGGACAUAAGAAGAUGCUAAAGUCAAUAGUGACACUUUGGCCCUUUCACUGUCUCCAUAUUGGGACUUUGUUUAUAGAAGAAUCAUAUAAUGAACUCUUGGAAGCCAUGGUUGAUGGUCUACAGAUGCGCCCUGCUCAGAAGUCUCCCUAUUGGCGAACCAAACUCAGGAUCUUAGAUUUAAGACAGGACCCAGACUGUGAGACCGUAUGCUCAGACAGGACCACUUACCCUUUCUGUUUUCAGUCUUGUAUUCAUUCGAAUCAUUCUAUACUUAAAAUAGAAGAAACCCAACAUAAUUCCAGCUGCCCUGGAGUUGCUGACUCAGAGUCAAGGCCUCCAGUAGAUUGGGAACCCAUAGAAAUAUUAGUGGACAUUACUUUCGAUGGUAGCUUGAAAGAAAUGAAAUUUAUUUCUUGCCUUCUGAGUAAAGUUGAACAUAGCUUUGGGUCCUUGCACCUCUGCUGCAGAAAUUUGCAAAUUGAUAACAUUUCUAUCCACAAAAAUAGUCUUCAGUUUCUGGAUGUGGGAUGUAUUGAACAUUUGGAAGUGAAUAAAAUUCAACUGAAAGAAAUCACCUCCUUUGGGGAUCAGAUGAUCCAUGUGGACAGCCUUAGUUUGUCUAACAUAUCCUUUAAGACUUACAAGGGGAGAAACUUCAGAACUUUUCUCACCUGGCUUCGGCGGCUGAACAACCUCCAAGAGCUCAACUUGUCUUUCGUCUGCAUCAGAGAUCAGAUGAGCAGGCUGCUCAGAUUCCUGCCACUUCAGCUGGAUACACUGUGUCUAUCUUUCUGUGACCUUUCUCAGAGGGAUAUAAUUGUCCUCUCUCAGAGCUCUAAGAUUAGCCAGAUAAAGCUAUUGAAUCUUAGUAACAACCAGAUAUUCUGGGAUGUGUAUGAGCCCUUUCUGACUCUACUGGAGAAGGUCUCAAGUACCCUGCAGCAUCUGGAGUUAAAUAAUUGUCUGCUAACCGAUUCAACUCUCUCUGCUAUCUUCCCAUCCCUGAGCUGCUGUUACCACCUCCGAGUCUUAAGCUUUGCCUUCAACCCCAUUACAAUGCCAGCACUUAUGGACUUUCUACAGAAUUUAGCAACCAUGGUGGAUCUGAAGUAUGUGAUUUAUCCUGUUCCUGUCCAUUGUUAUGAACACUGGAAUAUUAAUGGAAAUUUGGACCAACAGAAACUUGCUGAGGUACAGGCCCAGCUGAAUGUGAUGCUGCAGGCAGUACAUCGUGAGGACAUGAACUGGUCCGCUUGUUCUGAGUGAUUUUCACAGUACAAUGAGUUGUUUCCAUACUGAUGUGUAGUUAUUCAAACACUGUUUCAACUUAAGCCCAUAUUUGUAUAGAUAGGCAAAAUCCUAUUACUGCAGGACACUUGAACUUAGACUGAAUUUCUAUCUGCCUUCUAUAAAAGGAUCUCUUAAGAGAAGAUAGAGGGAUAUGAAAUGUACUAUAGAUACUAACUGUAGUGUGGGUAUGUGCCACAAGCAGACCUAGUUAUGGUACAUCAUUCCUCUGUCUACACUGAGUAGAAUAUUUCUCCACUUUUAUGCAGUUGUCACAAGUCCCAACAAUUGAAACUAUGAAUGCUGCAGUUUGCUGAAACCAUUAAUUUUAUCCUCUAGUGUUCUUCAAAGUUUUUGUAUUUGUGAUAUUCUUAAGUUGCUUGUAAGAAACAAGAUAUGAAUAAAAGGAAACAUAAACUA